UGAUAAUGCCAAAAGAGGUUUGUAAGCCGAGGGGAUAUGAAAGGAUUUGGUUGAACUGAAUUGAUUUGAAUCACAAACCUCAUCGCUUGCCUACCUUAUGAAUUUCCUUGCAAGAGCAAGACCUUUAUUAGCUACCCGCAGAAUUGGUACUUUCACAGCGGCUCUUGCCCUCACCCGCGCCAUGCAUAUCCAAUCGAUUCCCAUGGGGACGGGUAGUCAUGACAACUACGCCUACCUAGUUGUCGACGACAAAUCCAAGGAUGCCGUCAUCGUCGAUCCCGCUCAUCCCGAAGAGGUUACACCAGUCUUGAAGCAGGCUAUCCAAAACGGCAAGAUCAAUCUCACAGCCAUUGUCAACACGCACCACCACUACGACCAUGCAGGUGGAAAUGACCAAAUUCGGAGCGACUUGGGGACUCCGGAUCUGCCCAUCGUCGGUGGUAAGGACUGCCAGAGCGUUACACGAACGCCUCCGAAUGGGGAUGUGUUUAAGCUUGGUAGCAUUACGGUGAAGAGCUUGUACACGCCGUGCCACACGCAAGACAGUAUUUGCUGGUUUGCUCAGGAUGGCGAUGAUAAGGCUGUUUUCACCGGAGACACUCUAUUCCAUGCUGGUUGCGGAAGGUUCUUCGAGGGUACUGCUGAGGAGAUGCACACUGCUUUGAACAAGACACUGGCUGCUCUCCCGGAUGACACCAAGGUUUAUCCCGGUCACGAAUACACCAAGUCCAAUGUCAAGUUUGGCGUCUCGGUUCUGCAAAACGAGGCUAUUAAGAAGCUUGAAGCUUUUGCGGAGAACAACAAGGAAACCCAAGGAAAGUUCACUAUUGGCGACGAGAAGCUGCACAAUGUGUUCAUGAGAGUAGAGGAUCCCGAGGUCCGGAAAGCCACGGGCAAGACGGACCCCGUAGAAGUCAUGGCUCAGCUACGAACUAUGAAGAACAACUUCAAGUGAACCACCUAGUGAGAGUAAGAUCUAGCUAUGGUAUAUCGGAUGAGUCGAGAGAACUGUUUGUUACCAUCGUACAUGCUCAUCUAGUCAUCACCUAUAUAGGACAUGAAUUCAAGAAAUUAAUAUAU